UGUGACGUAUCGGCUGCUAGCUUGACUUCGGUGUGAUGCGGCAGUGAGACAGGCAGCGAGACAGACAGGACGCUUCUGCUGCUCGGCCUUCAAACUUCUCCGUUUCUCUGUUAAAAUGAGUUCCAUCGGCACCGGGUACGACCUGUCGGCCUCCACCUUCUCUCCGGACGGCCGGGUGUUCCAGGUGGAGUACGCCAUGAAGGCUGUGGAGAACAGCAGCACGGCCAUAGGGAUCCGCUGUCAGGACGGCGUGGUGUUCGGCGUGGAGAAGCUUGUUCUGUCCAAACUCUACGAGGAGGGAUCCAACAAACGCAUCUUCAACAUCGACAGACACGUCGGCAUGGCAGUUGCAGGUCUCCUGGCUGAUGCUCGCUCUCUCUCUGAAGUUGCCAGAGAAGAAGCUUCCAACUUCAGAAUGAACUACGGCCACGACAUCCCACUCAAGCACCUGUCUGACAGAGUGGCGAUGUACGUGCACGCCUACACGCUGUACAGCGCUGUGCGGCCGUUCGGCUGCAGCUUCAUCCUGGGCUCCUAUGAUAAAGACGACGGCCCUCAGCUCUACAUGGUCGACCCCUCGGGCAUCUCAUACGGUUAUUGGGGCUGUGCCAUCGGAAAAGCAAAACAAGCAGCAAAGACAGAGAUCGAAAAACUGCAGAUGAAGGAGAUGACGUGCAGGGAGCUGGUCAAAGAAGUGGCCAAGAUUAUCUACAUCGUCCACGACGAGGUGAAGGACAAGGCCUUCGAGCUGGAGCUCAGCUGGGUGGGAGAGAUAACGAACGGACGACACGAGCUGGUGCCCAAAGACGUCCGAGAGGAGGCCGAGAAGUACGCCAAGGACUCGCUGGAAGAGGAGGAUGACUCUGAUGAAGACAACAUGUAGCGUCAGCGCUGCAGCUGCCCUCCGCCUGCACACACACACACACACACACACACACACACACACACUGAUUCUGACAGCUCAGAUAUUUUUUUGUAUGUUUUAUAGUUUGGAUCGUUCAUGUGUGAUUUGAUUUCAUCCUGGACAAUAAAAAAAGAAAGUGACAAGUUUG